UUGUGCAGUUUACCAACACGACAAUGGCCGAAUUGUCCGAAUAGGAUAUUUUUUAUUGGCCCAUACAUCCCAACCUGCCAUGUCUUUGGUUUUAAAAAUGGCGUAUACAAGCUUUUUGUUUGCCGGUUUACGCUGUUGAAUAGUUUUCAAGACCUUGCGCGUACUCAUAUAAGGCGAAAACGUCGUGAAUAUGAAAUUAAAGUACAUCUGCAGGUAUAUAAUCAACACUGUGAACUCCGUGAACAGAUUAUUGUAGCGUUAUGGUGAAUUAGAAUGGUGCCUGUGGCUUGUCAAUCUUGCACGUCGUCAGGUUACCCAUUCGUAACGUAAAUAACACCUAGUGAGCGUUUUAUAUUUCAGAUAUGACGGCAACGCAAAAUAGUAGAUAAUGGAGAGUUCAGAAGAUGAUGCGGGCGCCGCGGCGAGCGCUCCCCGCCGUGCAGCGGCGCGGGAAAAAGAUCUCGGGGUUGAGAAAAGCAACGCAACUGGUAGUUCGUCGUUGGAAACAUCGGAAGCCCGAACAUCGUGCCAAACGCCCGCGAUGUCGGAAGAAAACUUUGAUGGCGACAGCGUUCCAUCGCCGUCCUCCCACGACGCCAACACCAGCACGGAGGCUAUCCUGGAUAUGAUCGAUGAGAUCGUGGAUGGCCCGGGCGCACCGAAGCGACUACCGCAUUCCCUCGACGCCAACAGCGAGUCGAUCCCGAUUACUAGUGAAAAUCCAGAAUUACCUAUGGUGGUUUCUCAGGAUAACGCCGUUCAACAAUUAUCGGUGGAAUGUCUUGCCACCAGUGCAAUUCAAAGUGGUCAAGAUCCUGUCGAAAGUGCUAGUGAACUAGCUGAGAGUGCGACAUGUAACACAGCCGCUGUUACGGGUGAGUUGGCUGAAGUGGGCUCUCCACAACCAAGUGUGCCUGUUGCUGAAAUAGAAAAUGUUACUAAAUCUAUCACAGUAGAAGGCAGUGCAAACCCUGAGUCCAUCAGUGAAUGUCCAACUCCAAAUAUUCCUACCAGUAGUGUAGUAGAGACCGAUCAAAGCAUUUUAAAUGUUAGUGAGUGUCAAACACAAGACCGGACAGUGAAAUGUGUGACUUCCACUGACGAUCGGGACAAUGUGACUGUAGUAGGAAGUGCUGAAUCGACGUCUAGUGAUAGUAGUGUUUGUGAUGGUAAAGUUCAGCUCCAAGAAGCAACAACACGGUCCCCCCUGCGACGGAGGCUGGUGCGGCCGGCUCCUAGUGACCGGAGGCCAGACUCCACAGUUUCGUCCACAUCAACAAGUGAUGAAGUUGUCUCAGAACAAUUAAUCAGUGAAGUCAAAGAUGUUUCUAGUUCAUCAGAUGCUGUGCCUACUGUACAUGGUAAUGUUAAUGAAGAGAUUAGAAAUGUAAGCGAAAUUAAUGUCUGCAAAGCAGAAACAUCUACGAGUCCUCCUAAAAAAAUUAAACUUAUUAGACAAAAAAUAUCUCCUGCUGUUCAUAAUGAAAAUAUGCAAGAUAUACCAUUACCGUUGCUUGAACAAGAGCAGUGUCAAUCAACAUCAGCAGAGAGUGCUGAAUCUAUUGCAAGUGUGCCUCAUCCACAGUUCACUGCGUCUUCAAGUGCAACAAGCUCGGAUGAUAACCAAACUAAGGAUGAUCGUAAUAAAGAAGUAAUGAAUGAAAUAAGUAUAGAAAUUCCAAGGAAUGAAUGUAGAAAAGAAGAUAAACAAAAAAUAGAAGAGGACUCAAGUGUAGGCCAAGGUGCUCUAAUAUUAGCAUCCGAGUUGAAUGAUGAAGAUGAGGAAUCAACGGAAAAGUCAAAAGUAGAAUCAAAUUUAGAUUCAAGUGGUUGUUUACCAAAUGAAUCGGAAUCAGAAAUCAGUACAGGUGUUGUUAUCACAGAAAGUACUUUGGGCGAUAGUGACAAUGUGACACAAGAACCACCAGAAGCUAUUAAACAAGUCCCAAAAUUGACCAUUAAGUUGAGUAGCAAACAAUCUGAAGAGUUAAAAUCUCCUGUGCCGAAGUUAACUAUAAAACCAAUAAAGCUUGAUCAUACACAAGCUGAUAAUUUUGAACAAAUACCUAGUAUUUCUAAACUGAACAUAAAACCCAUUCCAAAACCUCCACAUGUAAAUGAUAUAACAACAAGGUCAAGUAAGAAUGAGAGCAGAGGUGAUAGUGAAGAACAAAUUCCCUUAGUGACAAAAAUUAAUAUCAAACCCAUCCCUAAGCCACCUGAAAAAAUAAAUGAUAUCCAUCGCAAGUCCAGUAGUAGUGAAAUAUCAGAAUCUGAAAAUUCUGAAAAUGAUGACACAAGUACAUCGGAUCAGGCUUCAGCAUCUGAUCAAGGGCCAAGUGAUGUUGUUCCUAAAGUCACAAUUAAACUAGGAAAGCCAGGUUCUGAAAGUGAAGGCAAAUUCUACACUGAAAAGAAUAUUCCCAAACUGACUAUUAAGGGUUUACAUAAUGAUAAAGAAGACUCUGAGAGAAAUGUUCCUAAAUUGACAAUAAAGAACAUAAAUAUGCUCCACAAUGAAAAAGAAGAUGCUGAUAAAACAAUACCUAAACUAACUAUAAAAGGCAUCCAACAUUGUGAAAAAGAAGACUCAGAUUCAUCCAAACUUAAGUUAAUUAUAAGCCAAUCUGAAGAUAAACAAUCUGAAAAAAUACCUAAAUUAACUAUAAAAACAGUUGCGAAAUCUGAAAGUCAGCCAUUAAGUCCCAAGCUAACAAUUAAACCAAUAAAACCUCCAGAUUGUAAGGACUAUUUGCCCGAUGUCCAACCUAUUCCCAAACUCAAAAUAUCAACAGAUUCAAUUACUUCUGUAGCAGAAGUAAAAGAAAAUGCUCAUGUGCCUAAAAUCACCAUAAAACCAGUAAUGAGACCUGACAUAGAUAGUAAAACACCUAAAAAAUCAACAGUAUCUUGUGACAGCCCUGAACAUAUUCCUGUUGUAACUAAGUUAAAUAUAAAACCAAUUUUGAAACCUGCAGAGAGUGGGGAAACAUCAGAAAGUUUGGAUGUAAAGUUCCCUGUAGUUUCAAAAUUAAAUAUUAAACCUCUUGUAAAGCCUAAAGAUAAUGAAGUAGAUGCUAGUGUAGAAGGUAUUCCUAAAAUUACAAAAUUAAAUAUAAAACCUAUAAAAUGUCCUGAAGGAAGUUCUUCAGAUGAAAAAGACUGUGAUGAAAUGAAUGCUGAUGUAGAAGAAAAUAGUAUACCUGUUGUUACUAAAAUUAAUAUUAAGCCUAUUGUUAAGCCUGAAGUGGAAGACGCUGCUAAAGACUCAGAAAAUCAAUCUUCUGAGACUGGGAAUUCAAGUGAUGAUAAUGCAGAUCAUAUACCCAUUGUUACAAAGUUAAAUAUCAAACCCAUAUUGAAGCCGAAUGAUUUAGACAAUAUUUCAAAACAAAAAUCAUCUAAUGACCAGGCAGCUAUACCUACUGUAACGAAACUUAACAUAAAACCAUUAGUUAAGCCAGAUGAUAGUGUUUCACCAUCAUCACCCAAAAGAGAUAGUUUGAAGGGGUCAGAUGCAAAAACUUCAAAUAUACCUGUGGUCACAAAGUUAAAUAUCAAACCAGUGUUAAAGCCUGAGGAUAGCAGUUGUCACACAUCUAAGGAUGAACUUGAAGAAAUAUCUGUCAAAAAUCCACCUUUAGUGAUGAAAAUUAAUAUGAAAGCUGUAGCAGAUACGGCAUGCAAUGAAAAUUUCUGUAUAGAUAAGAAAAUAAACAAUAUUGAUAAUAGAGAGCAUAUUUUUAAUAAUAUUAGUGAAGAAGUAUCUAAGCCUAGUUUAAAGGUAACAUUAAAAUCAUCAAGCAAUGAAGAACUAGAAAGAAUCUCCUCAGAUAAUUCUAAUAUAGACAGGGUAAGUGAUAAGGAUGAAGACAUAAAGUUAAUGGAAAAAUCUGCCGAUAUUAAAAGUAAUUUAGAAUCAAUAUUGAGGCAAAACCUUGUACCUGAAACUGCAGAAAAAGAUAAAAUUAACAAGAUAGACUGUCAUGAAGAGCUACCUUCAUGCAGUAUGACAACAAAAAGUGAGUUGGGGGAUAAAACAAACACAGAAUUAAAUAUAUCCCAAGAUAAAACACAAGUUUCUCAAGUGUCUAACAGCAUAUUGUCCCAAGGAAUAGAAAAUAAGCUUGAUGAAGGAGAAAUUGUGAAAACGUCAAAUGACAAUCUGAAAUCAAAUAGUUCAAGUGAAAGAUCUGCAGUUUCAGAAGUAACAUCAGAAGUAGCAGAAAAAGUAAAUAUGAGUAGGCAACAUGGAAUUCCAUCUGUGCAGAACUGCACAUUAUUGAAAAAGUUGCUGCAAACAACUGAUGCUAGCUUAGACAAAAGACUUGAAGAGCCCGAAGAAGAAAGUAAUAGGUCACUAUCACCAUCAUUACUUUCACAGGAGACUGUGAAUUGCCUCCAAGGAGCCACUGGCCAAGCUGUCAUUGACAAAAUGAAUAUUAGUACUAACCAUGAUAGCAAAAGAAGAAGUCCUGAACGAACAAGUGACUCUAUAACAAGUUCAUUAGCAAUAAAAAUUCGACCCAUCCAAGAACUCUGCAAAGAAGCAAGUGAAAAUUUAAAAAAUCCAUUAGAAAUUAAUAUAUCUGAAAAAGUAAAUCAAAGCUCAGGGCAAGAUUCCCCAAGAAUCAUUUUGAAAAUCAAUAAGACUGACCAUGGUGCUUCUGCAAAAAUUAUAACAGAAGAUGCUUGUAAGCCGGAAACUGAACAGCAAAAGUCUGAGAAUACUCAAGAGUUAGUAAAUGAUAAACAGAGUCCAAAAAGAAAUCUUAUCAACAGUAGAAGAAAGUUAGACACUCCUGUGAGUCAGGGCGCGCCUGUAGGCAAAAGAUUGCGAAGUUCAAGGAUUGUUGAAACUGCAGACAAGUCGCCAGCAGUGAGGCGCAAUGCCGGGAAGCGACCUCCGCCUACGGAAUCCAGUCCACCACAGAGCAAAGAGCCUGAGUUGUCUGUACUUGAAGCAAAGAGAUUAAAACUCGGCGAGUUAUUAUCAAACAAAUCCCUUACUAUUACCCCUAUUAGAGGAAAUCAGGAAAUCUCUAUAAGGUCUGUAGAUAAUAAACAAGAUAAUAAAGGAAAGACUGUAAAUCAUAGCUUGUUGAACAAUGAGAACUGUUCUAAAAAUGGCAACUCAAAACUGCAUAAUAUUCUGUCAAACUUGCAAGCGAGCCAAAUUCAGGUGAAGCCUGUUAAUGACGUCAACUGUAAAGCUAAGAACGAGACGGUAACGAUAGAAGUUGAUUCUAAUGUAUCUUCUGGGAGUGGGGAUUGUGAGAUUGUGCGAGUUGAGAAUUGUCACCCAGAAAUGCAGGAAAUGAUGAUAAAUGAGAACUUUGAGUUUGCUACGUUUGGGAAUAGUAGUGACGACGUGUCACAGGAUCCAUUGGAAGUGGAUACCAAAUUGAAUGAGGAGGUGGAAAUUCCAAAGCCAGUCGAGAUGACUCCGCAGCCAAAGAAGCGAGGUCGUCCGCGUAAGAUUCCAUUGUCCGAGGGCGCGAAACCUGUGGCCCUGCCGGUGUCUGCUUUGGAAGAGCGCCCGCAGCGAUCACUGAGAUUGUCUAGGGAGCGUCCAUCAAUAAUCGCAAAGCCCCGCGGAGGCCGCGGGCGGGGGCGCGGGGCGCGGCGCCCCGACGCGGCGCCCCCCGCGCAGGGCCCCGGGCCCGAGUCCGAGCCCAUCGACCCUACGAGCUCACGCAUCAAGUUGCCGAGGAUGACCGAAGCGCUAGACAAGUCUGUUUGCUCCACGCCGUUGUCCAGUCGACGCCACAGUGAGAAUACCGAUUUGAAGCUGUUUGGUGAGACACAGGUGGUUUUAGAAGACAAUCUCCCUAAAGAUGAGUCGUUCAUGAAGUCCCCGGAGUCGCUGACGCGCGGGACCCGCGGGGCGCGACGCGGGGCGCGCGCGGCGGGGCGCGGGGGGGCGCGGCGGGGCGCGGGGGGGCGCGGCCGCGGCGGCGGACGCGGCGCUAUGUAUAUGAAGGAAACCCUGGGCAUCUACGGGCGCGUGUGCGGGCCCGCCACCACCACGGUGCAGCUGUUCGAGGAGGAGACCUGCAUGAUGGACGACAACGCAACGCCCGCCAAACCGUCGUCAUGCUUACUGGAUGAGGAUUCGCAAAGCUCCGUCAAAAGCUCCACGAACGAGAGCAGCAAAAUGAAGAAAUCCAAAUUCGAAGAUUUAUUUGAUAGCAAUAAAAUAUGGACUGCGGCCGACGUGAAAGAGUACACAUGGCCGCAACCAGGGGAAGGAGACGAGGAACCUCGGGUGAUGAUGAUCCAAGAGCAAGUAUCAAUGUUCCUUGGCGUGAAAAGCUUCAGUCGGCGCUACCCGUCGCUGCAGCGGCGCAGCGUCGCGGCGGCCGAGCGCGCGCUGCUGUGCGCCCGCGGCCUGCUAGCUCCGGGCCUGGCGCACGGCCACGUCGAUAUAACAGCGGUGGACGCGAGCGAAGUGCUAGACAUAAUGCUCUCGGACUACCCUCACAAGUACGAGGAGUACCGCUGCCACCAGCGGCAGAGGCAGCUGGAGGAGCAGAGCAGCGAGGAGAGAGUGGACAAGGUGGAGAUGAAGAUUGAGACUAAGCCCGAAGUCAAGCAAGAGCCUAAAGCUGACCCGGAGAAGACCAGACAGGACAUGGCGCUAGCGGCGAUAGCGUCCGCCGCGGAGUGGAACACGCGCCUCAACGCGCUGCGGCGCCCCGCGUGCGCCGACCUGCAGACGCUGAGCAUCCAGCGCCGCGCGCCCCCGGCGCCCCCGGCGCCCCCAGCGCCCCCGGCGCCCCGCGUGCGCCCCCCGUGCGGCUUCUACCCGCACGCCUUGCUGCCCGGCCAGUACCAGCACACGUACAGGGUCUACACCCCGGACCAACUCAGAUACUUCCCGCUGAACACGGCGCUGGCGGCGCCGGCCGCGCCCGCGCGCUCGGGCUCCGACUCGGACUCGGGCUCCGGCGACUCCAGCGCGGACUCCGACGCCCCCACACAUCACUUACAUAAGAGAAAACGUCUCACGAAAGUGAAACGAAGCAGCCACGAAGCUAAGGAAGUGAAGGAGGAGAGUCGGGAGGGCCCCGAGGUGGAGCUGUGCAAGGUCUGCAAGCUGCGGCUCGAGGCUAACAGGAAAUACACGCACGAGCGCUUCCUGGUCUGUGCCGACUGUAAUGCCAAGCUGCACCCGGGCUGCGUGGAGCUGAGCGCGGACACGGUGCGCAAGUGCCGCGAGUACGCGUGGCAGUGCGCGGACUGCAAGCGCUGCCGCGUGUGUCGCCUCACUCGCGACCGCGCGCGCAUGCUGUUCUGCGACCUCUGCGACCGCGGCUUCCACACAUACUGUCUGGGCAAGGACAAGCCGCCCUCUGGUCGGUGGCACUGCGUAGAGUGCGCUAUAUGUAAAUCGUGCGGCGCGCGGGAGCCGGCGGGGCUCGGCCCCCCGCAGCCGCCGCAGCCCCCGCAGCCCCCGCAGCCCCCGCAGCCGCCCGCGGACUGGCAUCAUCAGACCAAGCGGGGCCCGGGCGGGCACAAGGUGUACUCCCACUCGCUGUGUACGCCGUGCGCCAGGGCGUAUCGCAUCGGUCGCUACUGCCCUCUGUGUGAGCGGUCAUUCGUCGGGCCCAAGGGGAAUAUGCAGCUCGUCAUUUGUAAACUCUGCGAUAGGCAACACCAUCAAGACUGUGUUAAGCCAACGGUGAGCAGUCUGAACGUGCUGGACUACACGUGCGCGGAGUGCCGUCGCGGCGGCAUCACGUCGCGCGCCGCCGCCGUCCGCCUCGCCCCCCGCACCAUCGCCACCCUCUUCAUGGCCAAGCGCCGCUUCAACAAAUACGCCCAUCGACAAUACCUCCAGAGCAGAAUGCUCGCCAAAUCCGCUGAAUCCGUCGACGACCACGAGCCCUCCGACGACGGAUCCGCUGAAACAGACUCUCGCGAAACGGACGCCGCAGUCUCUUCGCUCGAAGCCGACUUCGACCGAGUGUAAAUAUGGACCCAUUGUGUAUUAUAUCUAGCUGUUAUUAGCGUAUGUAACUUUCGCUUCGAUAAUACGGUUGUAAGGUAAACUGUUGCAUAAAUCUGAUUAAUAUAACGAUUAACCGGUAGGCUAUGUAAGUUAUCGGAUAGUGAGGAGAUACUAGCUGUAUUGUCUUUUUUUCGUAGUCCUUCGUUUUCUAUCGAGAUGUUACAUGACGGCGGAAUUAUGUAUAUUGUAUACCUAGAGGAAGUAGUUCUUAUGGAACGGACGAAGAUCAGUGGUUAGAGAUAGCUGUAGGUCGCAGGACUAACGUAUACUGUACAGUAACUUAUACUAACUUCACUAUAUGGGUAGCUGGGCAAUUCGUACUGUUUUUAAUAUUAAUAGUUUUGUUUUGUAAGCCGUGCGAUUGUGAGGCCCCUGAGGGGACUGGACGGAAGAACUCUGUGAGUGAACUCGCUGUUAAAUAAGUUUAAAGUUUUAUUGUUUUAAGUUUAACUCGAUUAUUAUUAUUACAGUGUACCGUCGAUGCCUAGAGCCGAAAUAAAUGUGUAUAAUUCAAAUCUGCCUUUGGAUGCAUUUCAUUUGAAAGAAAUCUGUGUCGUCACUGUUGAUUGGUCCGAUCGGUAUCUGCGCAUUUUUUGGUCUAGAUAAGAAUAUUGUUAAUUUUGCUUUAUAAGGUAUUUAUUUUAGUUUUACUUAUAUGGAUACACCAGUAUACAACCUGUCAUUCUGUCCACUUGCGAAGGAUUGUGAAAUAUGUUUCUAUUCGCACAACUCAAUGACACGUGACGCCCGGACUUGAUGAAUUUACUUAUGAAUUAUGUUAUUACGAAAGUUUCUCCUAAAUCAUGCGAUUUAUACAAUGUUGAUUAAUUAAUUACACAUUAGUUAUGUUAAGAAUUUUGUUUAGUUUAAUUUGUAUGAAUGAAUUUCAGCAGCUCUAUCAGUAAUCGUCUCUUACUUAAUUUCAAAGUACAAAACGCAUAGGCUUCCUUUUAUUUUAAUUGUCACACAACCGUUCUGGAAAACGUACCGAACCCAAUAAAUAUAGAUUUAUUAUAGAAAGAUCAAAUAAAUUAUUUAACUCAGAGUAUAAUUAUGUUUAUUUCAUGAUGAGAAAUUAUUUAUUUAUUCAACUGUGUUACGAGAUAGGAUUAAAGUAUAGCGAAGUUGGGAGUGUCGUUUCCAGAGCCCGAAGGUUCGCUGGGGCGGGUGUACUUACGAUAAUUGCUAUCGUCUCUCCACAGUGCAAUGACCCCGUAUGUAAAGUAUAAAUAUAUGACAAUUGUAUUCGGAGCGACAAGGUCGGUGACGUGAUCGAAUACUUGUAAUGUAUCGUGUUUUAGUUUAUAAUUGUGCUUUGGUUAUAUUAAUCAUAAUUUACUUAGAGACAAUUUUAAGAUAAAAAAAUUAUGUCCGCAAAAGUAUAAUCCAUCAAAUCAUGUUAUAACUUUUUUACGAUGUACACGACGGCCUGGGGUGACCCACGCCGGUUUGCAUUGCUUUAUUGACACAGGUGAAAUUAAGACUUACUUGUAAGAGAAUAAUGAUAACUUUAUGUCUACUUAAUGCAAGUGUAAACGUUCUAGAAAUCUCGCACUGUUCGGUCAAUUUUGUAAAAAAAAUUAAAUAAAUUUAAUUUGAA